GCACCAAUAAAUGAUCACCAUGUAUUAGUUGGAGUAAGAUUUUGGCAACUUUGAUAACAGAGAGAGACUAUAUCAACUCCCCAAUGAACAUCUUUAACCACAGGUCGCAACUGAUAGUUUUGUAUUACCACACCUUUAUAUCUCCAGCCACCUGUCAACUCUAUUCCAUCAACUGCUUUGCAUAUUGAUCCCUAGCAACAAUAAGUUUACCUUGCCAUUUGAGUCGUGUCCCUUAGAGGGGAUAGCCUCCUAUCGGUAUAAGUACAGCUUCAUCCCAUGCGGCAUAUCCCCAUAUUCUCAACGAAGACAUCAGUAUAAUAGAACGAUACACAGAAGAAUAGGAACCUUCUCGGCUUACCAGUUUAAUUAUGGAUAACACAUACACCUCUGGCACUGAUUACGGAUACGGUGACCAGUCUUACUGGCCAACCAGUGCAGCUAUGGCUAGAAACGUGUCACAUGGAAGCGGAUAUAGUAACUACUCGGCAGCCAGUAGCGGGCAAUACGAUAUUGCAGGGUCGCCAGGCUCUGAAAAUAUUAGCAGCUAUGAUUUUUUGAAUGUGCAAGAUGGAGGAGCAUAUGUAUCGGAUGUGCAAGAAUACGAUGCGAACAACCAAGUGGAGCAGCAAGACUUUCAGUACCAGUUCUACGACUUCGUUGCCAGCGACAAUUCAGGGCAAGGCCCGUACUGGAGACUGAGGCCCGAAUAUACACCGACAGAAACUUAUCCAGAAACCCUCCCCGUUAGUGGUUCUGAUGUGUCACCUCCCGUUAGUGGCGCCUCGGCCGCUGGCGAUGCCUCGGGCCGCCACGUCUGUCUUGAGCCUUUCUGCAACGCAUCGCCAUUCAAACGGAAAGCAGAUCUUCAGCGGCACUACCUCCACAGACAUCGCGAUGCAAACCAGAAAAAGCCGUUCCCCUGCGACUGGAAGAAGUGCCAGAGAUCUAAAGAGCCAUUCUAUCGACUCGAUCACUGCCGAGAGCAUUACCGUGACUACCACAUGGAAGACUUAUUGCGACGCAACUCCAACAAGGAGAACAGCGAAUGGUGGAAGAGUCGUAAUUUUGAUAGCAAGUGGUGGCGCUGUGCCAGAUGCCUCAGCCGCAUCCCCAUCGAUAGCAAGGGUUUCGAGUGCGCCAAAUGCAAGACGACUUGCGAACCCGAGAGACGCAAGCUGAGGGGCUACAAGUAAGCAGCCACAUUAUGUAGCUGCGCGACAAUACGACUCCCAGGUUCAGCAUCUGAGGUGCAUGAGACUUAGCUUAUUCCAACCACCGACGCUAGGUACAUUAAUCCAGCACGUUUUAGCGACAAGUCUACGCCCUGACUAUUCCUUUCGUACCUCGCAUCUAAGCAAAAUUUAGAGAUGAGGGAGACCGAAAUUCCCGCACGCCCUCUUCCUUAACCUCUAUCAUUCCCUUUUCU